CGCCCCUUACAGGCCCAGGGGACAGCGAAGGUCAUGGGGCGGCGGCGCUCCUGAGCCAAAGAGGCGGGAGCCCGCCGAUCGGCGUCCCGGGGCGGGCGGCAAGCACCCGGGCCCGAUCGCCCGCCGCCCCCACUCUCUGGGCGGGGCAGUCUUGACCUGGACCGGGGCUGGCCGCGGGCUGGCCGGCCUGGAAGAUGCUGCUGUCCCUGGUGCUCCACAUGUACUCAAUGCGCUGCGUGCUGCCGGCUGCCGUGCUGCUGGGCUCGGCGCCCACCUACGUGCUGGCCUGGGGGGCUUGGCGCCUGUUGUCGGCGCUGCUACCCGCUCGCCUCUACCAGGCGGUGGACGACCGGCUCUACUGCGUCUACCAGAGCAUGGUGCUCUUCUUCUUUGAGCACUACACCGGGGUGCAGAUACUGCUAUAUGGAGAUUUGCCAAAAAAUAAAGAAAACAUAAUAUAUUUAUCAAAUCAUCAGAGCACAGUUGACUGGAUUGUAGCAGAUAUCUUGGCUGUCAGGCAGAAUGCCCUUGGACACGUGCGCUAUGUGCUGAAGGAUCAGCUGAAGUGGCUGCCAUUGUAUGGCUGUUACUUUUCUCAGCAUGGAGGAAUCUACGUAAAGCGAAGUGCCAAAUUCAAUGAAAAGAAGAUGAGAAAAAAGCUGCAGAGCUAUGUGAGCACAAGAACUCCAAUGUAUCUUGUGAUUUUUCCAGAGGGAACAAGGUUUAAUCCAGAAGUAACAAAAGUCCUUUCAGCCAGUCAAGCAUAUGCUGCCAAAGAAGGCCUUGCAGUAUUAAAACAUGUGCUGACACCAAGAAUAAAGGCAACUCAUGUGGCUUUUGACUCUAUGAAGAAUUAUCUAGAUGCAAUUUAUGACGUGACUGUGGCUUUUGAAGGGACACAGGAUGAUAAAGGGCAGCGGAAAGAAGCACCAUCCAUGGCUGAAUUUCUCUGCAAAGAAUGUCCAAAAAUUCACAUUCACAUUGAUCGUAUAGACAAGAAAGAUGUUCCAGAAGAGCAAGUAUAUAUGAAAAGAUGGCUUCAUGAACGUUUUGAAAUCAAAGAUAAGUUGCUCAUAGAAUUCUAUGAUUCACUGGAUCCAGAAAGAAGAAACAAAUUUCCUGGGAAAAGUGUUAAUUCCAAACUAAGUCUCAAGAAGACUUUACCAUCUUUAUUGAUCUUAAGUGGAUUGACUGCUGGUAUGCUAGUGACCGAGGCUGGGCGGAAACUGUAUGUGAAGACAUGGAUCUAUGGGACGCUCAUCGGCUGCCUGUGGGUCAGUAUAAAAGCCUAAGCCAGCAGCAGGCCGGGCAGCUGGAGGCGCUACACACGACAUCACAUUGUGACCUGAAUCUAAUGCGAAGUGUAAAUAAAGCCUUGUUGAUUGAACUCUGGAUAAAAUAGAAUUUCUGACGAAAGCCGAUAAGCGGUUGGUCUUGGGCAAACAUAUGUGGUCCUACAGCAUUAGUACUGAGGCUGCUGAAAGGUCAAAGCUAAGCAGAGUUUCUGCUCCUCCUGGCAUUUCCUGUGAACUAACAUGGACUUCACAAGGGUUGUAGAUUGUAUACUUUGCUCUUGUUUUAUGAUUUAGAAAGCUGCCUUCUUGCAUAUUAAUUUGCAGUAUAUUUUACUGUGUUGUUUUCAGGUUUUUUUUACAUAUGAAUAUUACUAAAAGCAUUUAGUAUCUUGCAGCUAUGUAAUGUUUUGCUUUCUGUUUAAUUUCUCCAAAUGAAUGAAAGGGUUCAUUUUUAUAUAUGGAGCAGUAGAAACGAAAAGGGGCAAGAGGUGUUCAUGGGGAAGAAGCUGUGGUUAGCACAGGUUUUUACUGUAGUCUGCUCUUACCAUUUCACUUUACUUUUUGCAAAGAUGGUUAUGAUUUCUAAUAUGUAUUGAAUUUGUUCAAUUUGCACACCCUCUGCUCUGUACAGAAGAAUAAUGUAUAAAACAUGAGAAUUACAUUCAAGUUAAAAUUGCAACCCUGAUUCAUUGAAGCAGAAAUUUAAACUGCCCAGCAUUCUUGAAGAUUGAAGCUAAUCUCAGUACCUCACAUCUGUGCCAUAAGUACUUGAAAACUUUAAAAUUCCAUAUUUUUUAUCUUUUACUUUUUUCAUAUAAAAUCAGUCUGUGUGACCCACUAUUGGACCUGAGUCCACAAAUGUUGGAGGUAAUGGGAGCCUUCAGUCAUCUGAUAGAUUUACUGACAUGUGCCUUUUGUCCAUUACCCUUUGACUUAGCAAAAUCUGUAAUGCAGAAAUUUUUUUAUGUUGUCCUGAUUGGCUUAUGCUGUGGGCUGUUCUUUCCCUGGACUCUGGCAUCAGGGUGCUAGAUGGCUUGCUCAGUGGAUCCAAGGGGAGAACAUGCAAGCCAGUGUUUGUGCUCUUGCAAAGGUGGAUUCAGCUGUUAUAUAUAAAGCUCACUUGACUAUGUAAAGACUACUCAGAAAAUUCACUUUCCUGAUGAAAGCCGGACUUAGCUCCUCAUGACAGAGUACAUUUGUUAACUUUGUGUGAGUUUUAUUGGAACUACACUACAAAUCCUGUCACCACAUAUUAAAAGUCAUGUUUCCAGGACAAAGUCAUAUCAUUUUCAGCCAUAGAACAAUGCAUCUUGAGGAAAAGGGCCUUUUUUUUUUUUUUUUACAUGAGAUCUUUUCUAUUUCUGUGUUAUAGUUUAAAUUCAGUUGCCCACGAAUCCUUGGAGAUAACUUUUUGGCUCACUGCUAAGUGCUUUUUGUUGCAAAAUUCUAUCUGUGCCCCAGAUGAAACAUCCUAAGUUAAACACCCCAGUUGAAUCAUGAUAAACAAAAUGGAGAGACAAUAAUUAAGGGAAAUAUUGCCUAAUGGUUGUUCCAUUGAUUCUCUGGAGCCAGAGAGUAAGUCGUUUCUAGCAAGCAGGGUUCUGUGGAUUGAGUUAUAUAUGUUAGGUGCACAUUUGUGCACACAUUCAUAUAGACAUGUUACACUUGAUUAUGAAUGGGCUUUCGGUAUGAAUUUCUCAUGCCAAAUUGCAAUUUUCUCCUACCUAUAAAGCGACAUUUAGAUCAAUCCCAUGCCUCCAUUAAGAAUUUUUUAACAGUCCUUAAGUUAGGACUUACUUAAAAUUAGAUGAAAGUAAAUGUAAGUUGUAUAACUUACCUUGAAUAUCAUGAAUAUGCCCUACAUUUAAAUUUUAGAAAGUAGUGAUAUUGAAAUGAUGUUGAUUACAGAGUGAAAUGCAAAAGGUCACUUGAUUAUCAUGUUUCAUAUGAUUAUACUUAACAUUCUUCUAACAAAAGGUCUAUAGACUGUUCAUUUGGAAAAUGUAUAUCAAAAUAUUUGGAAAAUUAGAAGCUUCUUAACAUGUAUUAAUAUGAUUUGAAUUAUUAUUUUCUAAAAUUGAAAGCCCUCCAUCUGCUUGUAAAUCUUUUCACAUAUUAUCAUUUAAGCUUUUGUUUGUGUUAUUCUUGAUUUACAACUUAGUUACUACUUAUUUUUUUCUUUAUAAGAAUGCCAUCAAUGUGCAUGCUUUCAUGUUUUUUUGAAAAGGAUAUGUUUGGAUCAAAGUACAAGAACAAAUAAAAUCUUUCACUAUC